CUCUCCUAUCACUUGCAGCAGCAGCAGCAAGACAACCAAGACCAAGCACCAAGCACCAAGCACCAAGCACCAAGCACCAAGCACCAAGAACUCAAGUCUUAUCGGUUAUCGAUAUCUUCAAUUCUAGAUCGGUAUUGAAAAUCAGGGUGAUGUUCGGAUGUUUAACCAAUGAACAAAGUUUUACUAGAGGCCGAGCUGCCGCUUGUCUUCCCUUCUCUACUCCAAUUUUAUUUGGUUCAACCCCAAUUGAAACAACACAGCUCCUUGUUUUGAUCACUCAUCGAUGCCCCCUUACUUCACAUUUUUUAUUCAUGUGCUCAGCAUUCACAGACGCAAGGAUGCUUAUUGAUUUUUCGAAAUCAAGACAUUACUAUUUCAGCAAUCUGAACAAUCUCACCUACAGCCUUGUAACUUUAUAAGGCUGCAGAAUUGGGUGGGUACUAGCAGUCCCCUUGCAGCUUGAAAGAUCAACAAAACAUCUAGUCUAUGGGAUCUCCAAGAACAUGGACCUUACAAUUAAACAUCAAGACAAACUAUCUUAAGGAAAACCAGUCUACUUGAAGAUCAAAAGUCAAAACGACCUCUCACAAUAUCAAUUGCUCAAUAUGGCUAGUAAGGGAAAGCGAAACCAUGCUGUCACUAGUACUGGCGCUGGUACUGGCAAUGGCAAUGGCAAUGACACUGGUCUUGCAGAUUCCAAUAAACGCCAAAGGACCUCGGGAGACUGUUACAGCAAGGAUCCUCCCGUAAAGCAAGCUUUGCUGAAUAAAUAUUACCCCAAUGUUUUAUGUCUUCGAGAUUAUCUACUCUCAAAGCUUCCAGUGUCCUCCAAGGUACGGAGGAAGAAGUUGCUAUCUGUGGGUCGCAAGGCUUCUGCAAAUAUUCAAUAUCAAGAUGGUGAUGAUGGUGAAGAUGAGGACCGUGUGCUGGGUGAUUUCCUCGAUGGAACAUUGAUUGGUGUAUCAUCGAACAAUGGACUUUCUCAGGAAGACAGGUUGAAAGAGUGGGUUUCAUUUUCACAAAGAGGAGACGUUUCGGUGUCGAACAUUGCGGAUUCAAAUUGUACAAAUGUUUACUCCCAAUCAGAGGUGAGUGCUUAUCAAUAAUCUUUCUUCCGGAAUGUUCUUGUCUCGGACGAGGUGCUAAGAAUCUCACCAGAUUGUUGAUUUUGCUAUUUGGUUACUGUUUUCAAAGUCAAAAUCACCAAAUGGAAGACUACAACACUUACUUUGUCAAGGAUAUCGUAAAGAUGUUAGUUCUCGUUCUGUUCAUAGGGGUGAAAAUCCCAGGACUUCAAUUCCUGGAGUCAAUUCUGUAUAUCCUAACAGUCAUGUGACAGCUAUGAAAGCCUGGCCAUGGCCUCAUGUUCUUUCUUUGUUAGGAAAAGCCGGAGAGCGUGUCAUGAGUGAUUUAAUUCUUGAUUGUGGUGUUUUUCUUCAAGUAAAGAAUACACAUGGUAGCUAUUAUCAACUCAGUGGUAAGUUUCAAUGGAUUUGGGCAUACUCAAUCUUGACUGAUGACUGUAAAUAGGUCAGCCUUUAGGUGAAAUCUUACCUAUUACAAAUGGAAAACACCAUGGGAAAGAAUCUGGAACAGAAAGCGGUUCAAAGAAAAGUCAGCAGCCAGGUGUCUUGCACAAUCCAAUGGAAAUCAAUUUUGUAAGAAAUCGAAUGCUAUAUGCAAAGCCUGCUUUGAAUGCUCAGGGUGAAGUUCAGUUUGGUCUUCGACACAUUCGUAAGUUAAUCAUAUACUAGAAUUUUAGAUACAAAUUGAUUGUUUGUUGGGUGUAGAUAUUUUCAACCGAUCUCGAUCUCAAGCCAAUGAUGGUCCCAUGAUUAGUCGGCGAGGGCCCGAGGAAAACAUCAUCAGAGUUCUCAUGUAUAUAUUUCCUUUACAAUUUAAUCUUCACAAUGUCUUUACUUCAGAGGUUGACAAUCGAGAAACUGUUCAACCAUUUAAAGAUUACACAUUACGUGAAGAAGAAAUUGAUUCGAAAUACCCUGAAGCAAAGGGCAUCAAAAUUCCCAAAAGACUUCGUGGCAAGGCCAAGGACCUGGUCAGAAAGUUGCAGCUAUUGCAUUCCAGAUGCUCAUACAAUAACUUGUUAGAAUAUUAUUGCCCGGUUAGUCUACAUAAUGUCAUCUUGUAGCCUCUAUUAACAUUUACAGAAUCGAAAGCAUCAAGGUGACAAGGCACGCGGUAUACAAGAAGAGCCUUCAUUUAACUCGACAUCGUUCAAAAGCCGAUCUCCUCCAAAAUGCCGCAGCUCCGCCAUACUCUCAUCGAGUGCACCCUCAAUUCCAGCUCGAAAAUUAACUUUAAUGGACCAUGCAAGUUCUACUGCUGAAGUAUCUGCGUUCUGUCGUGCCGUGCUUCGGAAUAUCAUACCGCAUGGAUUUUGGGGAACGAGAGAUGUGCAGGCACAUAAUGAAAGCAUAUUCCAUAAGAAUGUGGAUAACUUCAUUGGUUUGAGAAGAUUUGAGGUUUUGUCACUUCACGAAGUUAUGCAGGGAAUCAAGGUGACCUUUCUUCCUCAUGAUUAAAGUACAAUUUUCUAACAUUUGAUAGAUUGCCGAGAUUGAAUGGUUGAGAACACCAAGUACCUCGAACCAAAAAUUGUCACUGACUGAUUUCAAAAAACGUCGUGAAAUUUUCCUUGAAUUCCUAUAUUACUUAUUUGACUCGAUUCUUAUUCCACUGGUUCGCUCACAUUUUCAUGUCACCGAGUCGAAUGUUCAUCGUCAACGACUUUUCUUUUUUCGUCAUGAUGUUUGGAAAUCACUUGCGGAACCUGCUCUGGCUUCCUUGAAGCUAAAAAUGUUUGAGGAAGUGAAGCUUAAGGAUGCUCAACAGAUACUUGCUUCACGAACUUUAGGCUUCAGUCAAAUGCGACUAAUACCUAAGGAAACUGGUGUGCGACCAAUCAUGAAUCUAAGGAGAAGAGCAAUGCGUAAAGGUGAUGGGCACCUGUUAGGUAUCAGUAUUAAUAGCGUACUAACACCAGUUCAUAAUGUGCUCACACAUGAGAAGGUAAGCACAAUUCAGAAUUGUGUUUGGCAAUGACUAAUAUUUGUAGGCAAACAACCUAACUCGUCUUGGAUCAACACUUUUCUCUGUUGGUGAUCUAUAUCAGAAGGUCAAGUCCUUUAAGGCCUCUCUCGGUGGAUCAACAAAGCCACUCUAUUUUGCCAAAGUUGACGUCCAAGCUGCAUUCGACACCAUUCCCCAAGCUGCAGUCAUCAAGCUCAUGAAAACCGUUCCUUCAGAACCAGAGUACAGAUUCUCGAGACACGUUGAGAUUAAACCUACAAAUGCCUACAACACCGAUCCUAAUGCACCAAACAAACCCAUCCGAAGGUGGAAAUCCAACGCUAAAUCUAUGCAUCAUCUCGACAAUUUCGAUGAGGAUCUUGAGAAUGACAUAGCCAUUGGCAAAAAGAAUACUGUAUUCGUCGAAAAUAUUGUCAAUCAGAUCCGUGAUACCAAUUCCCUUCUCCAGCUCCUGGUUCAACAUAUCUCACAAAAUAUGGUGAAAAUUGGUAAGAAAUUCUACCGCCAGAAAGAAGGAAUUCCACAGGGUUCAGUUCUUUCCUCUCUACUUUGUAAUUACUUCUACGCAGAUCUCGAAGCUAAACAUUUGUCUUUUCUUCAACCUGAUGAAAGUUUGCUUCUAAGAUUGAUUGAUGACUUUUUACUCAUAACACUCAAUCCAGCACACGCAAAACGUUUCUUAAAAGUAAUGCAUGAUGGAAUACCUGAAUAUGGAGUGGGUGUAAAUCCAGAUAAGACACUUACAAAUUUUGAAGUAAUGAUUAAUGGGAAGAAAAUUAAGAGAAUUGUGGGUGGAAAGAUGUUUCCAUAUUGCGGGAAUUUGAUUGAUAUGAAGACUUUGAAUCUUUCAAGGGAUAGGGAUAGAGGGAAAGAGUUAGGUGAGUUUUUGUUACAUUUAUUUUCUAAUUAUAGAAAUGUUAUUAUUUUGGGAUGAUUUAUUUACUGAUGUUUAUUGGACAGCUAUGCAGGAUUCUCUUACAGUUGAAUAUUCGAGGAUUCCGGGUAAAACAUUUCAUCGGAAAGUUCUUAGUAUGUCAUUUACUUUUCUUUCUAUGUUUCUUCUUGCCUUUCUUUUGCCAAAACCACAACAUCACAAUAUGUGUGAAUAUAAAUUCAAACAAACCACUUUCUGUCACAUACGACCAUAGACUGAAGAGAAUUGGGCAUCCCGUCCGCUCUGCCAUACACAAGCUUCAGAUCGGUGGAUUAGUAGUUGGGUGGGUGACCACCAGCGAAUCCCUACUGUUGUAUGUUUUUUUUUUGUCUUGAUUUUGUCUUGAUUUUGUCUUGAUUUUGUCUUCUUUUUGUUCUAAGAGAAGAGAAUUUCAAUGAUAUUUUAGAUGUGCUAGUAUCAUCAUCAUCUAUCCAUUCUUUCUCCCCAAAAUUUUAUUUUGCACGCCCUUCCCCUCACAAUCUCUCUCUAUCCUUUCCCCCCCAAACAAACCACAAAAACUAACAACCCCCUCCCCUCUUCUAGAUUCCCUCACCCUCCAAACCCACCCAAUGUACCUAGACACAUCCCACAAUUCCCUGCCCACAGUCCACAAAAACAUCUAUACCUCCUAUCACGAAUCCGCCACCAAAAUGUUCUCAUAUAUUAAAUGUUUGCCCGUAUCGAAAAAACCUAAAUGUGCUUUGAUCAUUCGCGCGAUUGGGGAUUUGAUCGUUUUGGGGUGGUGUUUGAGUAGACGGGGAAGUAGGAGAGAUGGGAGUGGGAAAGAGAGCAGUGGGAAAGAUGGGAAUGGGAAAGAGGGGAAGAAGGAUAAGUAUGAGGGAUAUAUAUGUGAGGUGUCGAAACAGGAAAUGAGGAGAUUGGCGCUGUGUGCUUUUUUGAAGGUUAUGAGAAGGAGGCAGUGUGGGUAUGAGGGGGUGGUGGAGUGGUUGGUAGGGGAGUUGGGUGGCUUUGAGGGGAGUUGGAGGGGGAUAGGGAAGGGGAAGAGGAAGGACAAAGAGAAGAUGUAA